CCUGCUCCAUCCAGUCCCUCCCUCAGUCUGCAUUCAGAUGCUCCUCCUGUCAGAUCCUCUCCUUCUCUGGACUGCUGCGUCUCUGUAAACUACAGGAACCAUGUUGCUCCACGGACUUCUGGCUCUGCUGGGACUCCUUAUGUUCUGCAAAGGUCAGACAGAGAGCGGGACAGAGGAGGCCUGCGACAACUUCACCGACCUGGACCUUUCCCACUGCUUCAUGGGAACCAGUCUUUACGUCCGCCUGCUGCUCUACACCCGCUCUAACCUGGACUGUGGCAGAGAGCUCAACCACCACCACCUGUCCUCCCAGCCGCUGCUGGACCUCCGCCGUCCCACCGCCUUCGUCAUCCAUGGCUACAGGCCCACCGGAGCGCCCCCUAUCUGGAUCAACCACAUAGUGCACCUGCUGGCCGAGCAGGAGGACAUGAACAUCAUCGUGGUGGACUGGAACAGAGGAGCAGCCAACCUCAACUACUUCACUGCUGUGACUUACACCAGAGAGGCCGCUCUGAACCUGACGGGCUUCAUCAAGACUAUGCAGGAGGAAGGAGCCUCCCUGAGCUCCAUCCAUCUCAUCGGAGUCAGCCUGGGAGCUCACCUGGCUGGAUUCGUUGGAGCGAACCUGAAGGGGACAAUUGGUCGCAUCACAGGUCUGGACCCAGCUGGGCCGAUGUUCACCAGCGCCACACCAGAGGGGAGGCUGGACCCCUCUGACGCCAUGUUUGUGGACGUUCUGCACACCGACAUGAACUCUUUCGGACUCCGAGGAGCUCAUGGUCACAUUGAUUUCUACGCCAACGGUGGAACCGACCAACCAGGAUGCCCCAAAACCAUCUUCUCAGGUAAAUCUUACUUUGUGUGCGACCACCAGCGCUCUGUGUUUCUGUACCUGUGCUCCCUGAACCGAACCUGCCACCUCACUGGGUACCCCUGCUCCUCAUACAGCCGCUUCCUGGACGGACAGUGUCUGCAGUGUGAGGCCUUCAAACCUGCCUCCUGUCCUGUGCUCGGCUACAACCUUAGCCAGUGGAGAGAUGCUCUAGUGCAGCUUGGACAGACCAAAGUAUUCUUCAGCACCACCGCCUCCCUGCCCUACCAGAAGCUGAGCUACAGAGUGGACAUGGUGACUUGGAACCAGUACCUGAGAUGGGGGGUCGUCUACAUCCAUCUGCACAGUGGCAGGAACUUCACAGAGGCCCGGAUAGACCAUAAGCUGCUGCGGUUCGAACAGUACACCUCCACUCGACUGCUGGCCCAGUUCGAUGAGGACCUGCAGCCCAUCCAGAAGAUCUCCAUGCGGAUCAACACCGGGAACAUCAUCGGCCCUCGUUACAAGAUCAGGCUGCUGAGGAUUCGCUUCACGCCUCUGGAGCGUCCUGACAGGCCAGCGAUGUGCCGCUUUGACAUCAUCAUGGAGGAGAACCUGGAGGUGGCGUUCAGACCUCUGCCCUGUGAGUCACGCCUCUGACGGUGAGACCCGGUGGACCUCUUCUUCUCUGGACCACAUCAGAGUCCCAGCUCCAUUUGGGUUACAGGAUCUCCAGCCGCCAUCGACCUCCAGGAGAACCGGUGGACUCAUCACUGACUGGUGACCUGCUGCUGCUGUGGAUUCCUGGUGAUCAGAACCAGGAACUAAAAGCCCAUGUAGGGAACACAAAGGGAACGGAUUAGUGUUUCAGCUCACACAGAGAGGAUGAAUUUCCUUCUUUAGAGCAACAAAUAUCAGAAACCUUUCAUCUGCUUCAUAUUCCAGCCCUGUUCUCAUCAAGGGUGACUCAUUUGAUUAAGGGGAACAACAGGAAUCUAUUAGAGACAUGAAUGUUUAAGAAAAUGUUAUAGUUAUUAUAUUGAUGCAAGUGAUUUAACAAAAAGGCCUAAUUUGUUUAAGAAGACAGUCUAGUUAUCAUCCUUUAAACUGGUUGUGAUGGAUUCCUCUGCUGACCUAAAGGUUCAUCAGAUUCCUUCUUUGUUCACCGGUUGCUUUUUUUCAACUCCUAUGAAUCAUUCAGAUGUAAAAAGAAGUCUAAACUCUAGGAUUGAAGCUGUUUUAUAUAGAGAAAAGGGUAAAAACUGCUAAAUACCAGCAGCUUGUCACUAAGAUAAAAACACUAAGGCAAACCUUUUGAAUUUUAUUUAAAAAAAUUUCAGUGAUUAGAAGAAAAAGAAGGUUCCGGAUUUGAUUACCGGCCCGGGGUCCCUCUGCAUGGAGUUUGCAUGUUCUCCCUGAGCAUGCCUGGGUUCUCCCCAGGUACUCCGGCUU